UUAAACGAAUUCACUCUUCAUUUACACUCUGCGAGAACUGAGAAAGCGAAUUAACGAAACAUUGGUACCGCGAAGAACCUAGCGUCCCUAGAGGUCGUUUUGUUUUAGAUAUCGCACUCAUUUUCUACCCAGUUCAGUUACUUUUUCACAACUAUAUUAUCUAAAGUCGUGCGUGGGCAUCAAUUUCUCGUUCAAAGCAGUGAUCAUAUCGUGGUAAAGAAAUCUGAAUUUUCCUGAUUUCAUCACCGAGAAUUAGGGCCGUUUGCGAAGUAAAUCUUCCUUUGAUGGAACAUGGAACUGUGAAGCCUUAAUGACAACUGUCAAUGCGUAUAAUUCACUGUAAAUCUUGGUCAAACGGAUUUAAGAAUAUUGUAUUCAAUGAUAUAAAACAUCAAACUCCGAAAGCGGGGAACUGAAAGGCUUACUGCCAGUAGGUCUUUGUAAACCAUUUUAAAAAAACGUCAAUUGAAAGAAGCUGAAAUUUAAAACAAUUUCGACCAGGCAAAAACCUCAAAAUUUCUCGAUGGAAUGAUAGAGAUAAAGACAUGGACAGUGCACAGAAUGAAAGCAACAUUUCGAUGAAAACACCAAUGCUGGAACAAGAAGCGUUGCCGGUUAAACUUUCAGCGGAGCCCACGAAACCUCAGGAAGAUUUUGGAACCUUUCCGUGCGUAUCGCCUUAUGACGAUGAAACAGGAAAAAAGAAAGUCCGAUUCUCGGCGCAAGAAAAACAACGCUGGCGACGCGCAGCGCUAUCCGUAUCUUUCGCCUCCAUGUAUGUCACACUCAUGCUUAGCAUUGCUUCCUUUGUAAGUUCAGGCAUUGCUGAAAGUUCUGCGGCGUUUGCGAUCGCUUUCGACGCUAUGCUUGGGGUUGUAUCAUCUGGUGUGAUUGUCUGGCGUUUUUACCAGGGAGUCAACGGCGUCUUGGGACCAGCCAAAGAACGAAAGGCUUGUGUGUUAAUAGCCGCGUGUUUCAUACUCUCUGCACUGAUGAUGUGCGCGCGAGCGGUGGAGUUUCUUGUCAGCGACAUGGAGCCUAGAAACACACUCGCUCUUCUUUCGAUCUCCGUGGUCGGGUUUCUAUGUUAUUCUGCCUUCUUUUGGUUGAAAUAUCGAAUCGCUGAUAAGCUGCAGAGCGUGGCUUUGAGGAUCGACGCAAUAGAUUCAGCUUGCGGUGCUGCCAUGGCCCUCGGUUUGAUUGUAAGCACAAUUAUUUACAGCGAGAUGCAUUCGACAUGGUGGUUAGACUCGGCGAUUGCUCUUGCAAUCGCCUUCGUCACUUUUUGUUACGGCUGGCUGAUCAUACUCAAAGUGAUAUGGAACAAAGACAGGUUUGGAAUACCCGAGGAAUAUGAAUUAUUUUAAGAACGGCCAAAGUUGAUUUUUUUUUUUUUUUUAAGCCAUGAUUGAUAUUUUAGUCUUUAAUUUGGAGAGUUUUUCGAAAGAUGAUUAUAAAUUUUCCCCGGAUGCGAAAUAAAAUUAUAUAUAUAUAAAAAAAAAAAACACCUGUUCACAAGAUUAUUUUUUUCUUUGAAACCUAAAAUAAGUUUUAGUUUUCAUGAAAAUUGUAAGUGAAAAAAUUAUAUGUAUGAAAGCAAUAUGAAUUCAAAUCUUGAGACUACAAGUUGAUGACAAAUUACUGUAGGGAAAAGUUUUUUUGCUUCGCUCAAAGAAUUCAUUUUAUAACACGAAACUGAGCAACGGUGCGUUAAUAACUCUCGAAGUACACGAACUCAUACGGCUGCUGUAAAGCUGUGUUAAAUGUAAAUGACUUUAAAAGGUUCUCUUCGUACUUGAGGUAGGUUAUAGAAUAUGAAAUAAAAUUUCUCCUGAAAAAAGAA